CUUUCCCGGCAUGCCAGGCGGUGCGGCCGCCCUCUGGGCUGUGUAAAGGCCCCUCGGUCUAAGGCUUCCCUAUUUCCUGGUUCGUCGGCGGCCAUUUUGGGUGGAAGCGAUAGCUGAGUGGCGGCGGCUGCUGAUUGUGUUCUAGGGGACGGAGUAGGGGAAGACGUUUGCUCUCCCGGAACAGCCUAUCUCAUUCCUUUCUUUCGAUUACCCGUGGCGCGGAGAGUCAGGGCGGCGGCUGCGGCAGCAAGGGCGGCGGUGGCGGCGGCGGCAGCUGCAGUGACAUGUCCAGCAUGAAUCCCGAAUAUGAUUAUUUAUUCAAGUUACUUCUGAUUGGCGACUCAGGGGUUGGAAAGUCUUGCCUUCUUCUUAGGUUUGCAGAUGAUACAUAUACAGAAAGCUACAUCAGCACAAUUGGUGUGGAUUUCAAAAUAAGAACUAUAGAGUUAGACGGGAAAACAAUCAAGCUUCAAAUAUGGGACACAGCAGGCCAGGAAAGAUUUCGAACAAUCACCUCCAGUUAUUACAGAGGAGCCCAUGGCAUCAUAGUUGUGUAUGAUGUGACAGAUCAGGAAUCCUUCAAUAAUGUUAAACAGUGGCUGCAGGAAAUAGAUCGUUAUGCCAGUGAAAAUGUCAACAAAUUGUUGGUAGGGAACAAAUGUGAUCUGACCACAAAGAAAGUAGUAGACUACACAACAGCAAAGGAAUUUGCUGAUUCCCUUGGAAUUCCGUUUUUGGAAACCAGUGCUAAGAAUGCAACGAAUGUAGAACAGUCUUUCAUGACAAUGGCAGCUGAGAUUAAAAAGCGAAUGGGUCCCGGAGCAACAGCUGGUGGUGCUGAGAAGUCCAAUGUUAAAAUUCAGAGCACUCCGGUCAAGCAGUCAGGUGGAGGUUGCUGCUAAAAUUUGCCUCCAUCCUUUUCUCACAGCAAUGAAUUUGCAAUCUGAACCCAAGUGAAAAAACAAAAUUGCCUGAAUUGUACUGUAUGUAGCUGCACUACAACAGAUUCUUACCGUCUCCACAAAGGUCAGAGAUUGUAAAUGGUCAAUACUGACUUUUUUUUUAUUCCCUUGACUCAAGACAGCUAACUUCAUUUUCAGAACUGUUUUAAACCUUUGUGUGCUGGUUUAUAAAAUAAUGUGUGUAAUCCUUGUUGCUUUCCUGAUACCAGACUGUUUCCCGUGGUUGGUUAGAAUAUAUUUUGUUUUGAUGUUUAUAUUGGCAUGUUUAGAUGUCAGGUUUAGUCUUCUGAAGAUGAAGUUCAGCCAUUUUGUAUCAAACAGCACAAGCAGUGUCUGUCACUUUCCAUGCAUAAAGUUUAGUGAGAUGUUAUAUGUAAGAUCUGAUUUGCUAGUUCUUCCUUGUAGAGUUAUAAAUGGAAAGAUUACACUAUCUGAUUAAUAGUUUCUUCAUACUCUGCAUAUAAUUUGUGGCUGCAGAAUAUUGUAAUUUGUUGCACACUAUGUAACAAAACAACUGAAGAUAUGUUUAAUAAAUAUUGUACUUAUUGGAAGUAAUAUCAAA